GCAUAUUGAUUGUUUAAAACAGGUAAACGUAUACAGAAAAGGAAGUAAAUUACAACAUAAUUCAAAUCGAAAGUUGUUAUUUGUUUUUAAGUUACAAACGGUUGAAAUAGGGAUUUAACCUAGAUAAAAGAGAAAAUGGCCUCCUGUAGCGGUCUUGUGUUUAUCAUAGAGACGGUGGCUUUAGCGUUACUUAUUCUUCUUGUGUUGGGUUUGGUGAUAGGCAAAUGUUUAGGAUAUAUAGAAAUCUAUCGUUCUGAAAGGAGGCGUCAGAAUUACGUAAAACUUGAGGAGUCCACUGAAAGAAACACCAAAGGCAAUGAUCAGGUGGACAACUGGGUACAAAACAGACUGAGGAGGUUACAAGAAAUUGAAGCGUCGUAUGAAAACCAGAAACAAGAAGUCGAGUCACUCCAAGAACAGCUUAGACAAGAGAGGGCAGAAAAGAAGAAAGAAAUAGCUGAAAAAGACGAUGCUCUGAAACGACUAAGUGCUAUCAUGUCAAGCCGUUUGAAAGAUGGAAAUCCUAAUGUAGCUGAUCUGAAUGAUCAAAAUCGCCCAACCAAAAUAGGAGAACAGUUCUCAGAACUUUAUGACAAUCAAUGGACAGAUGCGUAUGAUGCCAUUCAGACUUAUUUUGAACUACAGAAGAAUGAAUCUGAAAUAAUAGGCCUGCUGUUAGACAUUUUAGAGCAAUGUUUCAAGUUUUGUAAAGACAGGGCAAAUAACCAGUUAACACACUUAAAUGACGAUGUGAAGAAACUUGCACUAACAAUUACAAAAAAAGAUACUAAGCUAAGAGGUGACCUAAUGCAGCGCAUUAAAGAGGAAAGAAAACUGUGUGCAGUAGACGAGCAACCAAAGUGUAAUGAGAUUGCGUCUAUCAUAAAGCAACACUUUUCAGCAAAAGAGGCCAAAGAAGGUUUUCUAGAUGACCUUACAGUUAUACAGUUUACGCAAGAAUGUUUAAAGUUGUGUUGGUUGAUGGUAAUACAAGAUCCUCCAAUGUCUAUGAUGUUGAAACACACGGAGAAUGCACAGGAUUUAUUUAAGGCUUACAAGAACAGGGGCAAACACGUUUCUUUUGUUGUAUGGCCUGCCUUGCUUCUUGAAGAAGGAGGAUCGCUCAUAUCGAAAGGAAUUGCCGAAUUCCACGAGUAAAGACAACAAACUGCACAUAAGAGACAUGCUAUACAUUUGUGUUGUAGAAAUAAGAUGAAAGUGAAAUGUUAGAAUUACAGUUAUGUCAACUGGCUAAAAGAUGUUCAUGCUUAAUGGCAGCUUCAAUGAAAUUGACUGUGUCCACAAUAAAACAGCCUGCCCAAUUAUAUGCUUAAAUAUACCGAUCUGUUGUAUAUAAGUUUACUCCACAUAGAAUUAAAUAUACUGUAAUCGCAAAUAUAAGCAUUUUUAGCAAAUUCCCCAAUAAACAGUUUUAUCAAAAAAUACUUUAUUAUCUAACUGCGUAACAUGCUAUACCUUUGUAACAGCAUUACGAUACACGACCGAAAUGUCUUUCACUUAGUUGAAAAUUCCUCACAAACGCGUUGAUAACAAUACAAUUCAUAGCACUUUACCGUGUGCCGUUUUCACACUGCGAGUUCAACCGUUCAUGCGAAGAAGAAGAGUUGAAUAUCGGUUUCAGGAAAUUGAAUGUAGAGAUACUUGCAAACCGUGUGAGACCUAUACUGUAUUAUGUACUGUAACAUAUGACUGACCGAAAGCAGAUGUAUAUUUUGAUACCGUAGGACUAGAAGUAAACGAAGGUUUUUAAAAAAAUAUGGCUCGUAACAGUUUGCUUAUUUCGCAGAUCUGAAAUUUGAACUGAACCUAAUCGGAUUAAUCUCCGAUAUAGUGAUGACAGACUUUCAACGCCUCAGGUUUGUUUUGUGGAAACGUCUUAGUCACAGGAGCUGAGAAAUACGAUUCAAGAAGUCAUUAUUAGUACAAAUGAAUUGCACAUUCGCGGCAAUCCAUCUUCUAUCAUAUAAUCACCAACAACUUAUUGAAUAUAAAUAGAAACGCUCCAUAUUAUGAAAAUGAACUGUUUCUGUGGCUGACAUGAGUCAGUAGGCUGAGCUCAGAAGAAUUAGUACAAGGUCAGUUCUUUUUGUAGUCAGCGACUCGAUUAUUUUGUACUGUUCAACACCACCAAGAGUAUAAAGGUCAGUGGCUAUGACCUCAUUUCGAACAAUAUCCGCAUUCAUUUCAAAGACAAAGAAAAUGGCACAUAGGCAGCUAAUAGCCAGUUAAGGUAACUCCUAAAACAGCAACGAAAAACAUUAUGUCCGUUUUAUACAGAGUUCUUGGUCUUGACUUAGAUCGUCUUUCGUAUAUUUUUUUACAAAUCUCUAACUCGAACCUUACGAUACCGCUGAAUUUACGAGGUUAUUUACGGCAUUGUUAAGGUAACACUAAGGAAGCACAUGAAAAGGAAGUACAUAGGCUAAAGUCGCAUUUGCAUUGGUCUAUAAUUGGGGUUCACGCGCAGGGGCUACCUCGUCUAAACGUAUGGACUUUUGUUUGCUAAUUGGGAGUUAAUAUUCAGCAGUUUCUAACGAUCUGAAAAUACCUGGGCUUUAGCACGACAUGUCAGCUUAUCAGCUACGAAAAAAUAUUUGCACUCAAACAAAAAUCCCGUAGGGUUCCGUAACGGAGCAAGGGUAUAUGGAGAUUUUUGGAACUUCGUGAAAUCGUUCAAAAGGUCCUUUUUGCUCUUGUCUAAAAAUGUCAGUAUAUAUUUGCAUCGGAUAUCAGAUAUUUCCGUAUUUGAAAGCUGCAACCUAGACAUCUCAGAAAUAUUUUUAAAAAUGAAUUUCGUGUAAUAAAUGUUGAUUCUACGGAUUCUCGAAUGCAACACAGGACUUACUUUUUGGGAGGUGUAUGUAUAAUAUUCUUCUUGAUGGAGCUCCCGGUUUAUCUCAUACGAGUACAAUUAAAUGUAAAAUUGUUCAAACAACAAUUUUCCCUACAAUCAAAUUUUCCGUCUAAAAAGGAAAUGACAUUAGUUUUCUAUGAAAAAAGUUCGUCUUUCAUACAAUGACAAGGAUGUUACUAAAAUGACUGAAUAUCAGUAUAACUCACCACAGAGAUAAGAGCAGAAUUGUUUUGAUUCUGUAACUGUAUUUGAUACCACCCCAACCUCAGAAAAGGACCAAGAGUUUCUCGUAUUUCAGUAGAUACAGAUAUGACUCCUCAGCGCAAACAACUUGUAACAUUUAAAACAUUAAAUAACCAUGGUUCAUUAAAGAGAUAGAUUCUGUAGUAAAUGCAUCAAGAAAUAUGACAAGUAAUAUUAUUGUAAUUUUGCUUACACAUCCAGAAUUUUUAUGGAAAUGCAGUAAAAUGUCAAUAUUUUCAUUCAAUUGCGUUUAAAUCACUUCAAGUUUUCGGUGUGCCAGUUUUGUCCCAUACCUGGUCAAGAAAAUAACAAACGUUAUAUCAUUUGACGACUAUAAAGCAAAAACGUUAAUAUGAGAAACCUUAAGAAUACGAGAAAAGGAGAUAUAUAUCUUUAUCACAGUGUACUGAAAUAUACUAUGAAGGAUUCAUUUGUAUUAAUCUAGAACAAGAUUUUUGUAUCAGUCAAAAUUGUUAUCUUAUUUCAUUCGUUUAGAAACGUACCAAACUACAAAAUGACUUGAUGCAGCGUAUUAAAGAAGAAAGAAAAUAUAGUGCCGCCGAUGAAGCACCAGGAUAUGCAAACGUUAGUGGAGUCAUAAAGUAUUUUACUUGCUUACAAAAACUCAUUUUAUGGUAACAGGUGUUUCUCGUGCAGAUAUAAAUGGACAAGCUGCUAUAACUCAUUGAACAUGCUUGAUGUAAAUAUCGAUACUUAACAAUAAAUAAGAAUACAGGUAUUAUUCUUUCCCAUACUCCCAAAAAAUGUCAUGUUAUGUAAAACUAUCUGUACAACUGUUACUGUAGAUCAAUCAACUUCUCCUGUUAGAUUCAGAUAUUUUGCAGCUUACAGGUAAUGUAAAAAACAAAGAGUUAUAAAAAUAAAUAGAUCGGCAAAUUGAAAGGCAUAUAGAGCAAACCUCGCCAACAUCCCGCGGCUGCAAACGAGAUCUCGUUACCGGAAGUUCUCCACGCGCCACUUUGUAUGCGAAAGAAUGACACUGUCAAUUAAUCAAUUAUCACCGUAUGACCACGCUUUUUAUAGUAAAAUACGUGUAUUUUGUGCUUAAGACUAUUUCAUAUUAAACAAAUGUUGUUUUAGAAGCUAACAUGUAUUCUACAUGUAGUUUUAAAGGUACAAAUCGCAACUCCAUGCUCGUUUCACUAAGAUAACGCCGAAUCACGCUCGGAUGCAAGAUUAUAGCCAGUUGCCAUUCUGUGCAUUUUAUACUUCUUUGAAAAAACAAACAAACAGAGAAAUGUUUUCCACACCUUCAUACUAGGUAACAUUUGUGAUUGCUAGUUAGUAAAAAAAUGUAUCACCUGCUUGUGAUAAUGCUUUUAAGCUCAAAUCGAAGUGAAAAUACACAAACGUUUGACACUAACUGUCCGGUUUUUAGAGGAUUUUUAUGUAUAAUUCUAAAGUAUUCUUUUGUGGCAAUGAAAAUCCGUAUAGCGUUAAGAAUUUAGAGUUUCCUGUAUUGAGAGUGCUUUUUAAUUAAAUUAAGAAGAGAAAAACUUUGGACUUCGAAAAUCAUUCGAUUUUAAGAGGAUUCCGGUUUUUGAAGGGUCCGAGUUUUCCCUGUACAAUAUUUCAAAUCUGAUCAGCUUUAACUUUUUAUAUUGCAUGUUUAUUUCUCACUAUUGCCUGUUUAUUACUAUUGUUUGGCUUUAUGUACGUUUCUGCAGAUAUUACCUCAACUGAAGAAAUUCUUACCAUCAAAUGUUCGUGACACUACAGGUAUUUUAGAAUAAUCGGCACUAAAAGACUAUAUAAAGGAGUGUUUAAGGGUGUCUUGGCUUAUGGUUAUACAAGACCCUCCGAUGGCAAUGGAACGAAAACCUAGAGCAGUUGCAAAUGAAACCUUUAAUGUUUACAAACACGAAGGCAAUCAUGUUGCUUUUGUUGUAUGGCCUGCUUUGCAUCUUCAUAAAGGCGGUCCCCUGAUAUCGAAAGGAGUUGCCGACUUUCGAAAAUAAGUUGUGAGUUGUUCCUGUGUUUGAAGAUAAGCAUUGACAGUAUUUUUGAUGAAUGUGAACAAUGAUAUAACAAUUUAGUUGAUAAAAGUGCAGUGAACAUGAUGUUUAAAAUUAAUUUACUGUGCACUGUCUGAGAAAAGUCUUCUCUGACAAUUGUUUUGCCGAAAGAAAUGUUAUUAGGGUGUCUAAAUGUGUAAUGUUUUCAAAAAUAUUUAAUGCAGAAGGGUAUUUUAAUUUAUUUUGUUAUUCCAUAGACUUUCAAAAUACAUUAUAUUGGUUUUGGUUUAACGUCUAACUUAACUGUAACUAAUGAUGAUAAGACUUCAGUGAAUGUUUUAAUUAUGUUACUAAUAAACACUUUCAGCAAUG